CGCAUCGUCAAAACUUACGACGGUCUCAAACCCUCUCCUUCCUCUCUCCCCUCUCCUUCCUUUUGCCCUUUUUGCCAGAACAAAAGCAGACCGAUCGCGAUCCAAAACUAAAACUUAGCUAAAAAUUCCACGGAUCAAUUGCCGAUUACCUCCCUAAAGAAGCGAUUUUUUCCCUCCUCUACCCGACGAAACGACCGCCUUCCUGACCUAAUUCUUCCCCAUCUCAGGUUGUAGGUGCUUUGUGGGCGAGGGGGGAUGGGGGCGUUCAUAUCGAGGUUCUGGUUCAUGAUGUUCCCGGCGAAGGAGUACAAGAUUGUGGUCGUGGGGUUGGACAACGCCGGGAAGACGACCACCCUUUACAAGUUGCACCUCGGGGAGGUGGUCACCACGCACCCGACCGUCGGGAGCAACGUCGAGGAGGUGGUUUACAAGAAUAUCCGAUUCGAGGUCUGGGAUCUUGGUGGACAAGAAAGAUUAAGGACAUCAUGGGCCACAUAUUAUCGGGGAACUAAUGCUGUUAUUGUAGUGAUAGACAGCACUGACAGAGCACGGAUUUCCAUUAUGAAGGAUGAACUAUUCAGGUUGCUAGCAAGUGAGGAACUUCAGCAGACCGUGGUGUUGGUGUUUGCAAACAAGCAAGACCUGAAAGAUGCCAUGACCCCGGCAGAAAUAACGGAUGCACUCUCUCUUCACAGCAUCAAGAACCAUGAUUGGCACAUUCAAGCUUGUUCUGCCCUCACAGGUGAUGGGCUUUUCGACGGUCUUGGAUGGAUUGCUCAGAGGGUCACCGGUAAGGUGGCUAGUUGAAAAACAAAGAGAAAUCUCCAGUUUUCUUGUGUAUUUGCUGUAGUUGGAUGGGUCUCCUCUGUAACCAAACAAAUUUGUAGAUUGAUCCUUUCUUUAUUUGCCUUCUGUACCUUGAAAUGACAAAUCUGUUUCAUCAAAUACUUGUCAUGGAGAAAAUUUGCUGAAUGAAACUCACAUUCCAAUAUGAGGUUACGUUUGCCAUUA